AUGCCUCAUAGCAGAAAUUUAGGAAACGCAAGUAAUGGAAGUACAGGAGUCCAAGUUAUGUCUAAUUUCGUGAGUACAGAUCAAGCUAGUUACCUUGCACGUAGGAAGGAACGACUUGGAUCCAUUCGCACACGUGGAGGAGUCCAAGUUACUUCUAAUAUAGCACGUAACGGGGAUCAAUUAUUGGUCAAUGCCCGCAGAUACGAGCGUGUUAAUGAUAUCUUUCAAAUUUUAAAUAUGCUUGGAAAAAAUCAAAUUCAAAAACGAAAAUAUGCAUCCAAGUGGCGAAAAAUUGCAAAAAAACAAAGACGAAGACGCGAAGCUGAAAAUCGUGUAUUAAUCUUCCGACGGCAGCAUUUGAUGAAAAAGUACUUUCAAAAAUGGAAAGAUGUGGUGAAUAUGAGAGCUCGGAUGUUGAGAAAAAGAGGUUGUGGGGAGGCAUUUGAUGAGUAUGAAGAAGGCUAUAGGAAGUAUCAACGGUUGGAUUGUUGUGGAUUGCGAUAUCCUAUACCACAAAAUCCAGAAAUAUCAAUUGAAUACGUUCGACCUCGCUCAGUAUUAAAAAAGCGAAAAUUGACAUCGCGUCGAGAACGAUUUAAUGAAACGGACAAAGAGAAACAACGGGAAGAAAUAGUGACGAAUUCUCGUCUAAGAGUCAUAUGGGCGGAUAAUAUGAAUCAUAAUGCACUAAUGUAUCGUUCAUUGCCACCAAAUCUUUCUAUUUUUCCUGCGGAUUGGAUGAUUGAAAAAGCAUAUCAUAAACACGAAGAUGCAUGCGUGGAAAUAAUUCGUCGAUUGGAAGAAUGUCAUAAAAGUGGGUUCUAUAACCGGUACUUUGGAAAAUGUAAUAAGAUAAAAAUAGAAUUGAACGCUUGUCUUGGCUCAGAGGUCAAAUUUGAAAAAGUUCGUCGUAGAAACGCACAAAUUGCGAAAGAGAAACGACGGAAAUACGAAGAGUUAUGUAAAGAAUUGGGCUUAUAA